AUGGAGACACCCGUAGCUGCCUCAGAUUACGAUGCUCAUAUUUCCGGUACCACUAUUGAAAUACCCCUCAGUGGCUGUGAUGAGGUUAUUGAACUUGAUGUUGAUCAGCUUCCUGAAGGCGAAGAAGUUUUAAACAUAUUAAACCAAGAAAAAGCAGCUCUUUCGGUUUGGAUAAAUGUAGCUCUGGCAUACUAUAAGAAGAACUUUCAUGACGAUUUUGAGAAAAUUUUAACUGAAGCUGAGGAGACCUACAAAGAUGUUGCAGCUUCUCUUCCUUCUUACAAUGGGGGUGAUUUGUUUAGGCUGCUAGAUAUGCUUGCCAACUAUUACGGAAGAAAAGCAUACAAAGAAAAAAACAAGGAUAAGAAAAGCCAACUUAUUGCCCGUGCAACGCGUCUCUUUACAUCAGCCGAUCGUAUUGACAUGUAUGACCAAAAACAUCUUCUGGGUCGGGCUUUUUUCUUUAUUUACGAGGGCGAAAACUGGAUACAAGCCGACAGCCAGCUAAAUUUUGUUAUCAGCCAAGGUCCUCCGACUGUACCAGCCUAUUUGGGAAAGGCAUGCAUCGCCUUCAAUCGAAAAGAUUACAGCAACGCACUCGGGUUCUAUCGAAAAGCUCUUAGACUCCAACCAAAUUGCCCUUCCUCUGUUCGCCUCGGAAUGGGUCAUUGCUUCUUCAAAUUAGGCCAUCUCGAUAAAGCCCGUUUAGCAUUUCAGCGAGCUCUUGAUCUGGAUCAGGAUUGUGUCGGCGCUCUAGUUGGCUUAGCAAUUUUGGAUCUAAAUGAAAAGACGCAGCAAGAGUUUCACGCUUGUGCGUGA